AUGCGCCUUUCCACCGCCCUCGCAGCAGCCACCCUAGCCGUCUCGGCCACCGCCAACUCAGGCUGUCAAACCCUGAAGGACUCCCUCCCGGGCUCUGUAUACGCCCCCAACACCAACAUCUACAAGUAUGAGUCUCAAGAGUUUUGGUCCAAUACCGAGAUUCUCUCGCCGGGAUGUGUGUUCCGGCCGAAGUCGGGGGAGCAGUUGGCGAAGGGGGUGAAGGGGCUGGUUGAUGCGCGGGCGCAGUUUGCGGUGCGUGGCGGGGGGCAUAUGGGGAUUAAGGGCGCGAAUAACAUCAACGACGGCGUGUUGAUUGUCAUGUCUAACUUGACGACUCUGCGUCUGUCGGAGGAUGAGUCCUUGCUCUCCGUUGGUCCGGCAUACCGCUGGUCCGACGUCUACAAAUACCUCGAACCCCACGGCCUCGCCGUCCCCGGCGGCCGCAUCGGCCCCGUCGGAGUUCCCGGUCUGCUCCUGGCCGGUGGAGUCAACUUCUAUGGCAACGAAGUCGGCUGGGCCGCUGACAGUGUGGUCAACUACGAGAUUGUACUUGCGGACGGCUCGCUGACGAACGUGAACAAGACGCAUCUUCCUGAUUUGUUCUGGGCUUUGAAAGGUGGAAGCAGUAACUUUGGUAUUGUUACCCGGUUCGAUGUUGAGACUAUUAAGUCGCCGAAGAUCUGGGGUGGUACUUAUACGGUCGAGGCGAAGUAUCUUGAUCAGUUUUUGGAGGCUGCUGCCACGUUCUCGGCCGAUAUCUCUGACCCCAAGACCCAUGUUGUCCCUGCAGUCGUCCCUGGAAAGACUACCAUGGCGUCUGUGAUUCUGUUCUACGACAGCGACACGAUCAGCUACCCCGAUGUCUUCAAGCCAUUUACCGAUAUCCCUGCUGUCAGCAACACGCUCGCCUUCAAGACCGUUGGUGAAUUUGCCGAUGAGACCGCCGCCAUGGUCAUUCCUCACAUCAACGACGUCUUCGUCGCCGGAACCGUAACCGGUACCAACCGCGCCGAACUCCUCCAAGGCAUCAGCAUCAUCAACAGCACCUUCUUCGCUGAACUUCCCAAGCUCUACGCCAAGGUCCCCGCCGCAAACCUCACGACCAUCCAGCUGGACUGGCAGCCCAUUGGCUCUCUGUGGAUAGAAGCCUCUGCCAAGCGCGGCGGUAACGCUCUCGGCCUUGACCCUAAGAAGGUGUACUUGUGCUAUGCAGAGGUUGUUGAAUGGACGGGGAGCAAGUAUGAUGAUGCUGUUAUGGAGUGGGUUGAGCAGACUACGGAGAAGAUCAAUGCUGCUACGGAGAAGGCUGGUCUGUACGACCCGUUUAACUACAUGGGCGACGCCGCUGGCUUCCAGGAGAUUUUCCCGGGCUACGGGCCUGCGAACCACCAGAAGUUGCAAUCGAUUGCGCAGAAGUAUGACCCGUAUGGUGUCUUCCAGACUCUGAUGCCUGGUGGUUUCAAGGUCUUCUAA